AUGUCUUACGGGACGUAUGGUACAACUAAGACAUAUAGCACUAUGAUGUUACAGAUGCAGACCAAUGAUGACGAUGACGAUUUUAACGAUGAAGAUGAUGACGAUGAUGAAAAAAUAAAUACUUUUCUGUUAGCAGUGUGUAACUCCAGACGUUGGUCGUUGGUUGACGAUGGUUGCGGUAUCACACAGAUUACAGUGAACAAUUUUGGUACGUAUCGAUGA